AUGAAUCGAUAUGAAGUGAUUGAUAAAAUCGGAGAAGGAACGUAUGGAGUGGUAUUAAAAUGUAGAGAUAAGGAGACGGGAGACUAUGUUGCUAUCAAGCAAUUCAAGGAAAAUGAUCAAAAGGAUGAGGUAGUAAAGAAAACUACAAUGCGAGAAGUUAAAUUAUUGAGGAUUUUAAAGCACGAUAAUAUUAUAACGUUAAAAGAUGUCUUCCGAAAAAGAGGAAAACUUCAUCUAGUAUUUGAAUUCUUUGAAAUGAAUAUGUUGGAACACUUAUCACUGCAGCCUGAUGGAUUUAGUGAGGACUUAGUUAAAACAUAUAUGCAUCAGUUGGUGAGAGCUAUCGCUUAUUGUCAUCAAAAUAGAAUAAUACACAGAGAUAUCAAACUCGAGAAUAUCAUGGUUAAUAGUAACAAACACCUUAAACUUAUUGACUUUGGAUUUGCGAGAACAAUACCAAAGAAAGAUACUGAAUUUACUGACUAUAUAGCAACUAGGUGGUAUAGAUGUCCUUCCCUCCUACUGGGAUGUAAACAUUACGGACCAGAAGUUGAUAUAUGGGCAAUAGGGUGUAUUAUGGCUGAGCUAUUGACUGGGAGGCCCAUUUUCCCUGGACAAUCUGAAAUAGAUCAGUUAUAUUUGAUACAAAAACUGCUAGGUCCACUGACGAAGGAACAGACUAAGAUGUUUUUUAAAAAUCCAAUGUUUAAUGGAUACAAGUUUCCAGAUAUGACUGCUUGUGAGGGAUUGGAACGAAGGUUUUUGGGUAAGGUCUCUAAAACAGGGCUAGCUUUUAUGAAAGGUUGUCUGAAAAUUGAUCCAAAGGAUCGAUUUACAGCAGAAGAUUGCAUGAACCACAAGUUCUUUGAGGGUUUA